AUUCGUAAAACUAAGCUCAUGUGGAGAAGAAAGAAUAAGAAACAGGCUGCCGCUGCCGCUGCUGCUGCUCCCGCUGCUGCUCCCGCUCCCGCCCCUGCCGCUGCCGCUCCCGCCCCUGCUGCUAAGGAUGCAGGUGAUAUGUUCUCAGGUAUGAGUAGCGCUCCUGCCCAGGGAGGAGAUAUGUUUGGAGGAAUGGAGAGUGCCCCUAGCCAGGGAGGAGAUAUGUUCUCUGGAAUGAGCAACCCGCAGCAACCGUCUGCUCCUGCUGCCGCCGCGCCUGUCCCUGCUGAGCCUCCUGUAGCUCAGGAUCCUUUGAUGGGCUCUCGCCAGAAGCUGAUGCAGAUCUCGAACCAGCUGCGAAGCGAAGUGGUGCGUUUGAACGAGGGCGAGCGCAAGAUGCGCGAGUACAUCACGUCCGUGGAGAACGUGAUUUCAGGUCUGAACGACCAGCUUGUGGAGGCGGAGGCGGCCGAGUCGACGGCCCUCGCGGAGGAGGACUACGCGAAGGCGGAGGAGAUCUCGACGCGCAGCGCUGCUCUGAAGAAGGAGCUGGAGGCGAAGCACGCGGAGAUCCAGACGUGCCUGCAGCGCAACGGGCAGGCGACGCAGAUGCGCGUGACCAAGAUCCAGAACGAGCUGGUGACGAUCGAUGCGAUGAUCAAGGGCUUCGACGCGGCGUACACGAGCGUGAACGGCAUGUUUGAGGAGAUGGUGAAGAAGCUGGACGAGCAGAGCGCCGCACACGACGCGCGCCUCGCGCAGAUGAUGAAUGUGAUCAACGAGAAGGAAGAGGCGCUGGCGAAGAGCCGUGAGGCGAUCGCUGCGGAGAAGGAAGUGAUCGAGGAGAAGAUCCGCGAGGACUGCGUGGAUCUGUACAAGGAGAAGGAGGAGGCGGGCAUGCUGAAGCUGACGCUGGACGAGGAGAUCGCGUCGCUGAAGCAGCAGCUGCACCAGAAGAACCAGGAGCUGCUGGCGUGCACGAAGCACAUCGCGGAGACAGACCAGAAGAUCCAACAGGUGCGCGUGAAGUACCUGCCGCAGUUCCAGCCGAUCGAGGAGAAGAACAAGGCGCUGAGCGGCGAUGUGAAGGCGAUCGAGACGCUGAAGACGCAGUACAACACCGCUGCUGGCCGCGUGGAGAUGGUGAAGAAGUCGUUCGACGAGGACAAGAAGGCGAAGAAGGAGAUCGUGGACACGCGCAAGGACGAGCUGGACGUGAUCACCUGCCUCGCGGACGCGCUGAAGAGCUACGAUCGUCUCAUCGUGGAGACCUUCCAGCCCCUCACCGCCAAGCAGAACGCGAUGUACGCCAUGCGAAAGGCGCUGGAGGAGAACAGCAUCCACUCGAAGGGCAUUACGAACCGCAUGCAGGUGCUGGAGAGCACCAUCAGCACCAACGAGGCCAUCAUCAACGAGACCUCCACCAAGCUGCCCGAGCUGGAGCAGCAGAAGACCGAGGCCGUCGCUGCCAAGAACUACAAGAUGGCCGGACAGGUGACCUCCCAGAUCAAGCAGCUGCAGACCAAGAAGGAGUCGGCCAGCAUGGCGUUGGCGUCCGCGCAGGAAGAGCUCAGCGGCAUCAAGUCGGGCAGUGCCGAGGAGCUGGCGGCGCUGGAAGCGAAGAAGGCGGAGUACGAAGAGUCGCGUCGCGCCUACCUGCAGUCCUACUACGACUUGCUGCGCAGCAACGCGAUCACGCUGCGUCGCGCUUCGCGCACGAUCGAAAGCGUCACGCGCGGCGACGACACGUUCCGCUUCGCCUGCCAGGCGCUGGCUGGAUCGCUCUUCGACAUCACCAACAACGACCUCACCGCCGUCGCCGACCAGCUCGGCCUUCCUCACCUCGGCGACCAGGACGACGAGCCCGUCUCGUCCCCCGUGGCUGCCCAGGCCGCGCCGGACACUCCGGCCGCUCCAGCCGCGCCGGCCGCGUCGCCUGCAGCCAGUGCGAGCAGUGCGGCGGAAGGGAAGGAGGGCGAGCUGACCGCGGAGCGCGCGCAGGAGCUGGCGGCGCUGGCGGAGGCGCAGAUGGAGAGCAAGAACAACGAGUUGGACGUGGCGAUGGGAGAGGAGAAGUACGAGCUGUGCGACACGCUGAGCGCGGAGAGCGAGGCGUUGGAGACGUACGCGGCGGAGCUGAAGAAGUUCGCGUCGGGCGCAGUGACGGAGGUGCCCGUGGCGCCGCCGUGCUUUGAUCCCAACUUCGCGUCGAAGUCGGCUGGAGAAGAUAUGUUCGCUGGAAUGUAAGCCUGUUUUUGCUUUGU